CUCGGGCCACAGCGCCUCCAUUUUGAUUUCACUUGCAUGGUAGCUUGUGUGCAGUGUCGGCACAAACGGGAGAAAAACAGGAGCAAACACGGAGGCGCCGAGAUUAUCACAGAAAUGGACGGCAUCGGUGAUGUUGCAGUUGGUGUGAAGAGAGGAUCGGAUGAGCUGAGUAUGUACAACAAUUCCAACUCUGACAUGAGCAGCGGUGAGUUCGUUCCAACCACCCAUGAACUCUGAGGGGAUUGAUGGGAUUUGCAUGCAGCCGGUCGAUACAGCAGACCUCAGCAUUAGAUGGGGCUCCCAAUGGCAGUGACAGUAAGAAGCUAAGGGUGGAGGAGGCCCUGCCGUCUCGUGUGAUCCACAUCAGGAAGCUGCCAAACGAGGCCUCGGAGACUGAGGUCAUUGCCCUCGGCCUCCCCUUUGGCAAAGUAACCAACAUUCUCACACUGAAGGGAAAGAAUCAGGCGUUCUUGGAGAUGGGGACAGAGGAGGCAGCUGUCACCAUGGUUAACUACUACUCCAAAGUAACUCCUCUUAUCCGUAACAUCCAAGUGUUUAUUCAGUACUCCAAUCACAAAGAACUCAAAACUGAUGCUGCUAAUCAGCGGACCCAGGCCGUGCUGCAAGCAGUGUCAGCAGCCCAGUCACCAGGGUCCGAGGUACAGGAGGUCCUGGCUGCAGUCUCCAGUCCUGUGCUGCGCAUCAUUAUUGAUAACAUGUUCUACCCUGUAACGCUGGACGUACUGCAACAGAUUUUCUCCAAGUUUGGCACAGUCAUGAAGAUCAUCACGUUCACCAAGAACAAUCAGUUCCAGGCUCUUCUGCAGUUCAGCGAUCCCGUCAGUGCACAGCAGGCCAAACUGGCACUGGAUGGCCAGAACAUCUACAAUUCCUGCUGCACGCUCCGUAUCGACUUCUCCAAGCUGGUCAACCUGAACGUGAAGUACAACAACGAUAAGAGUCGCGACUACACCCGACCCGAGCUGCCAGCUGGUGACGGCCAGCCCAGUUUUGACCCCACAGUUGCCGUAGCUUUCAGCAAAGACUCCAGUUCUCUCCUCGGUAAGAUCCCAGGAGCCCUGAACCCUCUGAGUGCGGCGGCAGCUGCUGCCGCUGCAGCGGGGAGGGUGGCCCUCGCUGGGCAGACAGGCUCCAGUGGGGUCCUGCUGGUUAGCAACCUCAACGAAGAGAUGGUUACGCCCCAAAGUCUGUUUACCCUCUUCGGAGUGUACGGUGAUGUCCAGAGGGUGAAAAUUCUUUACAACAAGAAGGACAGUGCUCUCAUACAGAUGUCUGAGUCCAAUCAGGCCCAGCUAGCUAUGAGCCACCUGAAUGGCCAAAAGAUGUACGGGAAGAUCAUCCGGGUGACUCUGUCCAAGCACCAGACGGUGGCGUUGCCUCGGGACGGCCUGGAUGAUCAAGGUCUAACCAAGGAUUUUGCCAACUCCCCACUUCAUCGUUUCAAGAAACCAGGUUCCAAGAACUUCCAGAACAUCUUUCCACCCUCUGCCACUCUUCACCUUUCCAAUAUCCCACAAGAUGUGACAGAAGAUGACCUGCGGCUGCUCUUCUCCAACACUGGAGGCACUGUGAAAGCAUUCAAAUUUUUCCAAGAUCGCAAGAUGGCUCUGAUCCAGAUGUCAACAGUGGAGGAAGCCAUCCAGGCACUGAUCGACCUCCACAACUAUAACAUGGGAGGCAACCAGCACCUGAGAGUCUCGUUCUCCAAGUCCACCAUUUAAGAACGUGACCCACAGGCUCCUGACAGUAUGACUGUGAUGGUUGAACGAUUUAAAGCUCCUAGAUCGUCUGAACACCAGGGGGACCACAUAGAUUGAAUCAGUUAUCUUGUAUCAUUCCUUGAUAUCCUUUUCUUUAAAAAGAACAACAUUGGAUCUCCCCAGCUCUUUCUGAAGUGUCUCCAUAUGUUUUUGUCAAGCAGAACCUUGAAAUGGUUGGUUGUCCCCCUGUACGUUAGUUUUAAAUGAAAGAUACAGUACUCGUGUGCCUUACUCAACUAUCUUUUCCUGCAGUUGGAUAUGUUAAUUUAUCAAACUCCUACCGAGGCACAUUAGUAUUAAUGAGUUGAUGAGAAUGCAAUUUCUAUUCAUCUAGACAGAACAGUCUAGAAGCUGCGCCUCUGACUGGGCAUGGCCGUGUUUUUCUUCUCCAGUUUUAGACGACAUUUUCCUUUUUAGUUUAGCAGCAGGAGAGCUGAAGGUUGCUGAGGUAAAAUGUUUUGGUAGCCUACGACAGGCAGUUUAACUGGAACGCCUUUAUUCCAAAGGGACGUUCAGUGGAAGAUUGUUCUAGCACAAUCCAUGCAUAAGAAACUAUGACAAUGUAGUAAAGUAUUUUGUUAUGUGCUUUUGGAGCCUUCCUUGCUUUUCUUUUCUAUAGCAGUGAGGUUUAAUAGUUGGUGACAGUGUUCUUUAAAGCAUGCGUGAUGAUAGGAUCUCACAUAAGUGUUGCAUGCUGUGGAAGCAGUAAAAAGAUGAGUCCACUGUGAUUGCAUUGUCAUGUGACACUGUACUUGAGAGGGCUACUCAGUUGGACCAAAGUUUCUGUGCCUUUAGUGUUAAAUCAUAUAAAAGAGCAUUUUAAGUGUUGUGUAUUUGGGGAAAAUGUCCACGAUUCAAAGUGUUCACUGAAUUCUUUUAUUUUUAAAUCACAAACCUGAUUUCAUAGGCGUUUGUUCUGAACCAAUCCUGGUGUAUAUACGUAUAUUUUUUUUUAUCGUCAAAGCUAUGUUUUUGUUUAAUGCAGUUCAGAAUGUAAGGAUUUGGACUCAAGCUGGUGCAAUUAAAGGAUAAUUUUUUUCUAACAACGGAGGUUCAACUUGGUUUUCUGUGUUUUGAGUUUCCCCUCUCACGGUGUCUCUUAUGUGUUCAGCAUUACCUCUGUAGCAUGUCUAAUAAAACUCUUCUGUAGCUCUGCA